AUGAAAAUUGAGUUUAUCGGAUUAGCGGAGAGAUGUGAGAAAACCGCAAAGGAUUGGAUUUAUAUCAACUAUCGGAAAAUAAAGAAAUCAAUAAUUCCCGGAUAUUUCAAUUUUCUCAACAAAGUGGUCGGUGUGAAAGUAGAAGAAAUCAUAACAAAGGACUUAUGGGAACCUGAAAAGAUGUUCGCUCGAAACCUCCAUAACAUUAUUUACUCAAAUUUGAUCGGCGGGAAUCGAGGAAGUGUCCGCAGAUUUAUUGGACUGGAAGAAGUAUGUGAAGGAUGUGUGGAUUGUCUGGAUAUGGCAAGACGAUGUGAGGAGUAUGGACCAUUGAGGUUUCGAGUGUUCAAAGAAGUAAAGAACUCAAUUCAUUAUAGAAAACUGCAUAUUUCAGAUGAACUAAUUGAAAGUGUUGCCGACUACUGUACACUGAAAUCGACAACAAAAGAAGAGUGUUUCAAGCAAUUAGAUGACGUCAUACGACACUCUAUUUCAUGUGACACAUUGGUUCUGUGGAUAAGUGAAACAAGAGAAUGCUACAUUAAUGGGGUUCUGAUAGCUGCGCAUUUCCCAAUGCCACGAGAAGUAUUGGAUGUUAUGAUAAGGAAAUGGAAUGUCAAAUCUGUGAAGAUGAACAUGAUUAGUAGGCAUAGGGGGGUUGAAUGUAGUGAAAAGUGGGUAGAUGCUGGAUAUUUUACGAGAGUCAAGGUGAAUGAUCCAUACUGGAAAACGGGUCAAUCCGAUCUCAAAAUCCACCAUAUUUCCGUCAGAGUUUUAGAUUCAUACGAUUGUGCUCGUGGCCUAAUGCAAACUAACCCGGAAACGGAGGAAGAGAAGAUUUAUGAGAACUACAUUGCAAAUCUCCGAAGACUAUUUCAAAUGGACAAAAUAUCGAUUGAUUUCGGUCACUGGAGACAUAAAUACAGUGCUAGUUUGGAAGAAUUCAUGAAGAAUAUAUUGAGAGUGAUUCAACUGGAGAAACAACGGAAACUCGAAGUGACUAUUCAGUUUUUCACCGAGAUUUGCAGUUUUAAAGUGGGAAAUUCUGAAGAAUUGGCUGAAAUUCCAUCAGAAUACUCGUUGCUCAGUGAUCGAGUAGAAUGUAUCCGAAUGUCUGUCCCAUUUGAAAUUGUCGAAAGUGGUCCAGAGAGAUUGAAUAUGAUUAAAUGGGUUGGGAGACGAUUUCAGGUCAAGGAUAUGGAUAAUCAUUUCACACUCAACUUGAAUAUUUAUGUGAAGGAAACAGAGUUGAGGGAGUUGGAUAACGGAUUGAUGCAGACACAUCCGAAUAGUUUGAUUGGAGUGUUUUUGCAACAUAAUAUCCCCUGA